AUGGAGGCGUAUUGCAACGCAGUACGCCGCCUCGAGGACAAAUUCGACGGCCUCGAGCUCAAUCACGUCCCACGCAAGUACAAUGAGGACGCGGACGAACUGGCCAAGAUAGCUUCGGGGCGGACCACCGUCCCCCCGAACAUCUUCGCUCACGACAUCUCCAGGCCCACCGUCGAGUUCAAGCAACCGACGGAGGCAGGCCCCUCGUCCGCCGGACCCUCCGACGGGAACCCCCCGGCGGACGGGGUCGGGCCCAUGGAUACUAACUUCGGGACAACCUCCGCGGACGAGGCCGAAGCAAUGGAAGUUGACGAGGCCCCCGCUUCGCGAGACUGGCGCGUUCAGUACCUCGAAUGGAUGGUUCGAGGGCUCCUACCCUCGGACCGCGCUCAGGCGCGACGCCUUGCCAGGCGGGCCAAGUCCUUCGUUCUAAUCGACAACGGGCUAUACAAGCGUAGCCCCUCGGGUGUCCUGCAACGUUGCAUCCCCAUCCCCGAGGGCAAGGAGCUGAUCCGCGACAUCCAUGCUGGCGUCUGCGGCCACCACGCCGCGCCACGCACCCUCGUGGGUAACGCAUUUCGGCAAGGCUUUUACUGGCCCACCGCGGUCGCCGACGCCACUGACGUCGUGCGGACUUGCGAGGGAUGCCAGUUCUAUGCCCGAAAAACACACCUCCCGGCCCAUGCCCUGCAGACCAUCCCCGUCACGUGGCCGUUCGCCGUGUGGGGACUGGACCUCUUCACAGGCAAGAAGUUCUUGGCGUUCUGCGACAGCUUCCACAUACAUGUGGACUGGUCAGCUGUGGCUCACCCACAGACGAACGGGCAAGUGGAGCGUGCCAAUGGCAUGAUCCUCCAAGGACUAAAGCCGAGGAUCUUCAACAAGCUGAACAAGUUCGGCCGAAGGUGGCUCACAGAGCUACCCUCGGUCAUCUGGAGUCUGAGGACGACCGCCCUCGUCCUCGGCCCUCGAGGGCUCGAAGACGAGGGUCUCCUCGGCUGCUUGACCGGCAGGGCGCUCCUGCGCGCCCCCGCCAGUUUCUCCUUCUGUGGCCGGGCGGGCAGCGCUGUCCGCGUCGCCCUGACCGGCUUCAAGUCCAAUAGCCGUUUGGGCGGCGCCACCGGCACCGCCCGGGCCUGUCUCCUUAGCGUCGGCCGCCGGAGCGGCCGCCCCGGCACCACGCUGGCCGGCGUCGCUCUGACCGGCGUUACCCUCCUCCUCCCGGGCUCGCUGAGCCGCCUGAGCCCCUCGGGCCACGGCCUCCCGUAG